GUCUAUUCAGAAGCCAGACCCUUUGAGACCAAUAGGACUUACCACCGCCUUACUCUUGUCAUGAGCCACCAAAUUCUCAUUUGUACAUACAGUUAGUGUUUUCAAGAAUCCAUGUUGCCAAACGGGAAAAGGUUCAGGAGGUGAUGGCAAGUCACGGAAAAAAACCUUGACAAGGAAAGGCUGAAGGGAACUAAGCACGUAUGGCGGGUAUACAAAAAUGGAGACUGGGCUGCAAUCCUACGGUGGGAGGAAGAUGGCGAUCCAAUGUGGGAGUUCCCGCGCUUUUCCUUGCUCCCGGCACUUCUAUGGCCGCUUCACUGCCGGGAAGCAGCUCCGUCUCCAAAGAGCCCAGCGGGGGAGAUACCGGCAGCGAGUCCUUGCUGCUGCUGCUGCGGAGCUGUCCGGCCAGGCCCGACACCACCUCCUUCCUGCCACCGCCGCGUUUUCUGGAGGCCCUGCCCUCAGCGGGCCCUUUCCAGCCCCGGACCAUAACAGCUGGAGGACCGAGUCCCGGCUCGCUUCACCUGGCGCCCUUCCCCUUCUCGGGCCUGCCCGCUGUCUUCGUGGCCCCUCCGCCCGGUCUGCCUCUGCCCCGGCCCUCGCCUCUGCCCCGGCCCUUGCCGGUCCUCGCCGCGCCCUUCCCCGGGAAGCGAGACUCGCCGCGCCGGCGCAUCCCCGAGGGAGCCUCGCCCAAGAAGAGAAGCCCCGACGGAACUCAGGACUGCGAGAGGGGCCCGCCCAGCUACCACUUCACCGCCCAGGAGCUCCACGCCGUCCUUUACGGGACCAUGCCAGGCGUGAGGCAGCAGCGCGCCGCCUGUGGAGUCGGACACCCUCCCCGCAACCCGGGCGCAGUUGACGGGCAGCCGCCGCUCCUAGACAGGUCGUCUCUGCAACUCCCCGAAGGGCUGACUGUGUUGCAGACUGUCUACCAGGACGGCCCGCAGCUGGGCGUGUUCUGCACCGAAACCCUUCGGAAGGGGGUUCGUUUCGGCCCUUUCCAGGGCAAAGUGGUCAACACGAGCGAGAUCAAGACUUACGAUGACAAUUCCCUGAUGUGGGAGAUUUUUGAGGACGGCCGCUUGAGUCACUUCAUCGACGGCAAGGGCUCCUCGGGCAACUGGAUGUCCUUGGUGAACUGCGCCCGCUUCCCCGAGGAGCAGAACUUGACGGCCCUUCAGUGCCAGGGGCAGAUCUACUACGAAAGCUGCAAAGAGAUCACGCCCGGCCAAGAGCUGCUGGUCUGGUACGGGGAUUGCUACUUGCAGUUCCUCGGCAUCCCCAUCAGCCUGAAAGGAACGGCAGAAGGGAAGCCGGCCCAACAGCACAGUGAAGAGCCUGUGGAGGGCUAUAAAUGCGAGCGCUGUGGGAAGGUGUUCGCCUACAAAUACUACCGGGACAAACAUCUGAAAUACACCCGGUGCGUGGACCAAGGGGACAGGAAAUUCCCGUGCAGUCUUUGCAACCGAUCUUUUGACAAAAGAGACCGGCUGAGGAUCCACGUUCUCCAUGUCCACGAGAAGCACAGGCCUCACAAAUGUUCCAUAUGUGGUAAAAGUUUCUCUCAGUCUUCCAGCCUCAACAAGCACAUGAGGGUGCACUCUGGAGAACGACCCUAUAAAUGUGUGUACUGCAACAAGGCAUUUACAGCCUCCAGCAUCCUGCGUACCCACAUCCGCCAGCAUUCAGGAGAGAAGCCUUUUAAAUGUAGACACUGUGGCAAAACAUUUGCUUCUCAUGCUGCCCAUGACAGCCAUGUGCGGCGCACACAUGCUACUAAAAAGAAUGCCCGCACAUGUGCUCUGUGUGGCAAGAUCUUUCUAGAGGCAGAAGAAUUCCGCUUCCAUAUGAAGUUCCACACAGGCCUUUAGCCAGCAAGCUAAUGGUUGGGUCCUUCCUCACUUGUACAUCUAUGGUAUUGUGUGUUUUGUUUUAAAGAAUCUCUAGCUACCCAAUGAUCUGGAGAUGUAUGGUUGCAUAUUUACAGUUUCUCAGGGCAUGAUCUCUCCUCUUUCUUAGUACCAGGGACUAGGAACCUCCCUCCCCACCUCCUAAGGACCACAUUCCCUUGGGCUAACGUGAUCAGGGGCCAUAUAAUGGUGUCCCACAAUCUCUCCCUUGAACACUCAUGCACAAUAAUAACUUUUCCAUGCAGAUCAGCUGAGGAAGAAGGGUUAUUUUCAUUCUCAUUGCAGCACACUUAGCAAGGAGGUUUAACCCUCCCCAUGUGUUAAUGGGCCCUCCCCACUCCUCUGGUGAUAUGUGCAUCUGAGGAAUGGGAAAGUCUGCAUUUUCAACACAUUGUUCCCCCCCCCCAGCCAGUGCACUGCAGUGGGGAUGAAAACCAUCCACUGGUCCUUGGUUGAUCCCACUGUAAUCAGCUGGAGGGGUAGUUUUCAUACCCAUCCUACCUAGCAGGCCACAGUGGGAAUUACCCCUCCCCUCACCGAGCUGAUUGGAGUGGUUCAGCUGAGAAGUGGUCACUUGCUAUUGCAGCAAGCUGGGCCUGAAAACAGCUUUCCCCUCUCAGCUGAGGAUGGGGAGGACCUGCCUAGUUUUCACCUUCGUCAUGGUAUUCAAGGAGGCAUAGUGAUGGAAAUGAAAACUGGGUCCUCCUAACCACCUGAGGAAGUGGGCAUGGCUCCAGGAAAGUGCUGAGGGAAAGAGGACUGAUGGGCUCAAGGUUCCACAUGCCUUCUUUUGAUAGAAGAAUCCAGUAAAUUUGGUCCUGAGAUGCCAAAGACUUUUUAGUAACCACCUAUACCAAAUUAAAAUACAACACUCUAUUAUGGCAAAUACUUCGGCACUUCAAAAAAAAAAAGUCUUUUCUGUCAGCUUUUUAAAAAGGCAUUUAUGCAGUUUUUUCUGGGUCAUUUCUAGGAUUUUGUGCUGGUGGAAUUGUUGGAAGAUUUGUUGACUUGAGUUGUGUGUGUGUUUGCUUUUAGAGAUACUGGAUUGUAUCCAGCUGUGUCCUUCAACUGAUAAGACUUGCCUCAGCAGAGCGAGUGAAGCAAUUUUCAGCUGUUUCUUCUGCCCCCUCCCCCCAGACUGCUCUGGAGCAGGUUUAGGGGUAUUGCAGAGGGGAGGGAGAAUUGCUGGAAAUGGCCUCCUUCCCUGUUCUUGGUUCAUUUCUUUGAUUUCUGUUAUCAGUAGGGAGUGUAUCCAACACCACAGCUCCACUCACACAACAGACUUCUUGGUGUGCAAUGGAAUUUCCUUUCCUGUCUCCUCGAGCCCUCAAAAUUGGCAAUGGAAGAUUAGGGGACACUUGGAGCAGAUUUUAGGGGCACAUGGGAGGAGGAAACGGAAGUGGUGUUGGUGUGAGUAGAACUCCACUUGCACAGAAUUAGAUACAACCCCUUCAGUCUCUUUGGAAAAUUAGGAUUUUUUAAAAAUGUUCAUAAUGUUCUGCUUCAGAGGGAAAUGCAUGCCCAAGUAAUUAUUGGUACCUUCACCUUUGGGUGAUUCCCUGCUUUGAAUUGCUGUUUAGACUUAACAAACCCCACCACCUCACAAUUUGAGGGGUUAAUGUGAGAACAGCUGGAAAGAGACCUUGCAGGGCAGUAGUGUGGUGGAAAAGCUGUUUAUUUAGAAGCAGCCUUCACUUCAAGUCCUGAAACUGCUUUUUAAACAAAUACGAAGCUUAAAAGUAAUUUAGGAAUUCCGUAGGUAGACAUUCUGAAAGGAAGCAACACCUGUUAUUUUCUGUUUAGGUCCUCAUAUCUUUUGAUGUAUCAUAACACUCUGUGUGACUUAUGCCUUAUAAAUCAGUGUACUCCUAUUUUA